CAUUUGAAAGCCCCUCUAGAAUAAUUCCUUGUUAUAUUAUUUUCAACUACGAAAAUUGCUAGCAAAUUUUCUUGUGGUUUUAAAUGUUUGUCUUUGUCUCUACAAGAAGUGGAUUUUAAUAAUUAACUUUCUGCUCAUAAUGGCAGGAAUUAACGAUAAGUUUUAUUAUGUGCACAGCUCUUCACUAAAUCAUAAAGUUACAUUCAAAUUAGGGACUUUAGAAGGGAAACUUUGGAAACCUACUGCUGAAGACAUUUUGAGAAAUCCUUUAUUGAAAUAUUCUGGCUUUUGUCAAGAAGGAUGUGCUGAUCUUUUCGUUAAAAUACAGCUUUUUGAAAAUGGAGAACCUUUGGCUGUUCCUAAAGAAAUACUGAAAGGUUUCACAAACAGAUAUAACUUCAAUGAAUGGGUCCAGCUACCACUGUUGUACAGCGACCUACCAGAAAAUGCUCUUAUGAUUAUCAACAUAUAUACCGCAGCAAGAUGUCCUGAGAGGAUGAUGAUUGUUGGUGGAACUGCUGUACCAUUAUUCGACAAAAUGGGUUUAUUCCGACAGGGAAUAAUGGACUUAAGAAUUUGGGCUGGCAUAGUAGCCGAUCCGAAGCAUCCUGAAAAAACGCCUUUCAAAAAUUGUGAGGAUGGCCAAGAAAAAAUGCCAAAAUUAUCGGAGCUUGUGAAAAAACAUCAGAGUGGACAUAUGCCCAAGGUCGAUUGGCUUGACCGAUUGACGUUCAGAGAAAUCGAACAAACCAACGAGAAAGAGAAGAGAUUAUCCGAUCAACUCUAUCUAAUGGUCGAGUUUAUGGAUUGUAAAAUAGACGGCAUUCCACACCAUAUCGUCUAUUACGAGCAAAAUGGGGAGGAAGUUUAUGCUAAGGAGAAGAACGAUAUCAUUACUGUGCCCGACCCAGAAAUCGGAAAGGAAAACUUGGUUGAGCUCAUGUACCAUAAAAUAACUCGUUCAAUGCGUAGCGGUUAUUCCGACAGAGAUGCUAAGCCGAACGCCUACACAAGAGACUUUCUUAUUAGAAUAGUCGGUUAUCCCCCUAGCAAACAGCUCACCAACGAAGAACAGGACAUCGUUUGGAAGUAUCGAUUCUUCCUGAGCACCCAGAAGAAAGCUCUAUCCAAGUUCAUGAAAUGCAUCCGUUGGAGCCAAAACAACGAAGUCAACCAGGCCAUGCACAUGAUGGAUAUAUGGCAGCCGAUGGAUAUCGAAGACGCUCUCGAACUGUUGAGUUCCAGCUUCACCCAUGUCGUUGCCAGAAGGUAUGCAAUCUCGAGAUUGAGCAGAGCGCCCGAUGAGGAUAUCAUUUUGUAUCUGUUGGAGCUGGUGCAGGCCUUGAAGUUUGAAAAUUUCGAUUGCAUCAAGAAUGGACUCAUAAGGCUGUCUAAGAAACAGGAAUCAGCAUCCAAAGCCGAAGAGAAAGAAUCCCAAUUGGUGCACAACGAUAGCAAAGAGAGCAACAGCACCCUUACCGAUGAAAACGUAUUACAGAAAUCUUCCAAUCAGCAUCAAGAGGAAGGUGCCUGCGCGUUGCCAACCUUGACUAACAAAUUGAAGAACAUGGAUCUGGCUGCCAGCAACCUGGGAGAUUCGGCUAAUACCGAUACUCUCAAGAAUCAGUUCGAUGAUGAGAUUUUGGAUUUGGCGUCGUUUUUGAUCCAGCGAGCAUCGCAGAACACCGCCUUGGCGAAUUACUUUUAUUGGUAUCUGCUGUUGGAAUGUGAGGAUCAUGAAAGCGCCAACACCCAGAAAGAUCAUGCAGUCCAGGACAUGUAUUUGAACGUAAUGAAGAUGUUCAGGCAGACCCUCGCCCAAGGAACACCUGAGAUGCAAAACAGACGAAUCAUCCUAUCGAAACAACAGAAAUUCAUCGACAGAUUGGUUAAACUCAUAAAGACUGUAUCUAAGGAACGGGGCGACAGAAAGAAGAAGAUUGAAGUGUUGAAGCAACUUCUGGCCACUCCAGAUUCCUCGAAAUUCUCGUUCACCAGCUUCGAGCCCAUUCCCUUCCCUCUGGACCCCGAUGUUACCAUCAAGGGGAUUGUAGCCGAAAAGUCGCUCUUGUUCAAGUCUGCUCUCAUGCCCUCAAAGCUCUACUUUAUAACGGAGACCAACCAGGAAUACGUGGCUAUCUUCAAGUAUGGCGACGAUCUGAGACAGGAUCAGCUCGUGCUGCAGAUGAUAACCCUGAUGGAUAAGCUGUUGAGGAAGGAGAAUUUGGAUUUGAAAUUGACGCCCUACAAAGUUCUUGCCACUAGUACCAAGCACGGUUUCGUCCAGUUUAUCGAAUCGAUAACUGUGGCCGAGGCGUUGGCUAGCGAAGGUAGCAUUCAGAACUACUUCAGGAAACAUCACCCUCAAGAGAAUGCACCAUACGGCAUAGCACCUGAUAUAAUGAAUACUUUCGUAAGGUCAUGCGCUGGUUAUUGCGUGAUCACAUAUAUAUUAGGUGUCGGGGACAGACAUUUAGACAAUCUCCUUUUAACACCUUGCGGUAAAUUGUUCCACAUAGAUUUUGGAUAUAUUUUGGGUAGAGAUCCCAAGCCUUUACCGCCGCCGAUGAGGCUCAGCAGGGAGAUGGUUGAGGCUAUGGGAGGUGUUACUUCGGAACACUAUCAAGAGUUCAGAACACAAUGCCAUACGGCAUUUCUACAUUUGAGAAGGCAUGCCAAUUUGAUGUUGAAUCUGUUCUCUCUAAUGAUCAAAGCAAGUAUUCCUGAUAUUGCGCUCGAACCUGAUAAGGCUGUGAAGAAAUUGUUGGAAAAGUUACAACUAGAAGUGACUGAAGAAGAAGCUGUGCAAUACAUUCAACAACUGAUAGACUCUUCUGCUUCUGCAGUUAUGCCAGUUAUAGUCGAACAGUUUCAUAAGUUUACUCAGUUGAUGCGAAAGUGAAUUUGUGUUGCUUAUUUUGAAACAUUUUAUUUAGUAAUCAAGACUGAAUCUUACAUAUCGGGGCUGCCAAAGAAUCGAAGGUACUUGAAGAAGUUGUGCUGUGAUUUCCGAUUUGUAAUAAUUUAAGAGAAGCCUCCUCAUGUAAGAUAAAUAAUUUAUAAUAAUAAGUAAUCAAAUAAGAAUUAUACAUGAUUUUCAAUAUUUUUUUAGAUGAUCAUGUCAGAAUAUAUCAAAUCUAAAUAAUAAUGUUCAUUGUAAUAGGUUCAAUAAAUUUUUUUAAGAAUUUUAUAAA